GGCAGUUUCAGUUUGUUCACUUUCUCGACGCACGCUGACUCGGUGAGUUUCAACACUGGGACUCGAUUCACCCAAAGAAGGAUAUGAAGACAAUAACAGGACUUCGAUCAAAACUUCUGUUCAAAGCCUUUCUGCUGUCUGCUUUGUUGUGCUUGGGAAACGCUGUGCCUCACCUACGCAGUUUAGACAGCUAUUCAUCUCCCUUGGCUACCAAUGACAACGAAGCCUCAAGGUUUCAGCCCCGCUUCGAUUUUCCCUAUCCCUCCAUUUCACUCCAUGACUGGAGAGUUCGAAUGGUGUCAUCAUCAGAACUUCCAGGACAAAAAUCCAAACUGGUUGUUCUCCCUUCCCGUUUCUGGCCAUCCAGUGAUCAGCUAGAAAGCUCCUUCAGCUCUAACUCUGGGAUGACCAAGAAGUGGCCUUGGGACUGGUCAGAAAACGUGGCAAAUUUGGAGAAAAGAAACAUAGUCGUGGCAGAUGACGCAGCCUUCAGAGAAAAAAGUAAACUGCUGACAGCAAUGGAGAGGCAAAAGUGGCUCAAUUCCUAUAUACAGAAACUGCUGGUCGUGAACUCUAAGUAGAAGAAUGAUGAACACCAUUUAAUUUAAUAAAGUUAUAUAAAAAAAUGUUAUUUUCAUUAAUCUGUCCUUAUUCAUUUUGGGGUAGUGGUGCAUAUUGAAAUGUAAAUCAAUAAAUGUCAGCAGAACUAUGAUGCAGAAUUCAAUAAUGAGGUUCUACCAUUUCUUUACCUCUUUGUCCACACAAAUAUGUACUCCUGAUUUGUAGAUUGACCUAGUAUAUAAAUUACAACAGCAGCUUGUCAGAAAACAAAAACAUUAAAAAGCAUAAAGGUAAUUAAGACAGGUCCUACCUAUACAAAUAAUAGUCUCAGAUUACCAGAUAAGGUAGUGUUUUGUCAAGGUAAGGUCUCGUACUGACCCUUUUCUCUCUUUAUUACAUAGACCUGAAUUAAAUGUCUCAAAUCUCUGCCGUAGCCCACAUAUGUUACACUACCUUUUAUAUCUAUGACCUCUGUCAACAAGAUAGGCUCCAGUACAGGUAGGAGAAAAAAUUACAAUUUUAUUCAUCAUGUAUUAUGGGUAACAUUCCCCAAAUAAUAAACAAAGUAAAAAUGUGAGU